AUGGUUCCCUCGCCCAGGAUCAAGCUCGAGCGUGGCCUCGACGAGCGCUUCGCCUACGAUGACAAUGAGAACAGCAACAUGGAGACGCUCCUCGCUGCGCCGGUCUUGGCCGACACGACGCUCGCCGGCUUGGCGGCCUUCGGCGACGCUCGCGCGCGCUACGAGGUCGCGUGCGAAGCCAAGGCAUGUGUGCAGACGCGGCAGUCGAUCCUAGCGACGAUCGCGCCGCCGACAUUGCGGUUCCUCGCGCAAUACAAGAUGUGCAUGGCCGAGGCAGCGAUCACCGACGCCGACAUCCUCGCCUGGAUCGAGCGCGAGCUGGCAGAGACGACGCCAUCGUCGAUCGAGGCCGUCGUGCAGCACUGCCGCGUGCACCUCGUCAUGGACAUGCGCAUUCCCGACGCCCGCGCGCGCGUCGCAAGGUACUUUAUGCGCGCCAACGAGAUGGCCACCAACUUUCACUUCGCCGGUGUCAACCUCUUUUGCGCCAUGCUGGUCGAAGGCGUGCGACCACGCGCGCUGCGCCGCGACGUCGAGCUCCUUCUGCACGUCCCAUCGAACGCUCACGCCAAGUGCGACGACCGGCGUCUCUUUGACCUCGUGGAAUCCUGCGCUAUCGCGCACGAAGCACGUUUUCCAUGGCGCCGCCGCCGCCGCCGCAACGUGCCAGGACGCAGCGUCCAGCUGUUGCGCACCGCCGACGACGCAGCGUGGCGGUCACCCGACGUGCGUUUUCUGUAG